AUGUGGGGAGAGAAAGGAAGAGAAUUUGCGGCUGCAACAUUAUAUACUUACACACACAUUGGAGGCAGCCAAGAUUAUCUGUACGUACAUGCCUACAGAGACAAGAGGAGAAGAAUUGGGCUACUGCUGCUGAAUUAUAUCAUAUAUAUAGAAACAGAAAUUGAGGCAGCUGGGAGUGGUUUCGAUUUGCAUGAAGGAGAGUGGGGAACUCUAGGCUCCGUCUACUUCUGGAAGUAUACUCAUGAUGGGAAGCAGGAAGUAGCAAAAGAAGUAAUCGAAAGCAUAGAUGAGGAAAAGAAGUCAAUGACAUUUAAGGUCGUCGAGGGUGAUCAGAUGAAGUUGUACAAGGCCUUCAAAGUAGGUUUUCAUGUUGAAACUCAUGGUGGCAUUGAUCUGGUGACAUGUACACUUGAGUACGAAAAGCUAAAUGACGACAUUGAAGAACCACUCUUAGUGUUGGGCUUUGUCAUUAAACUUGCAAAAGAUGUUGAGGCACAACAUCUCAAGGCCACUUGAUAUGGAUAGGGUUCUCUGCUUGCAUGAGUUAUAGAAACUCAUAUAGACACCUCUGUUUGUGUGUUUUUGUUGUUAUUUUAUGAAUAACAAUUGAGGGCUGAAGUUUGUGAUAAAAUAGUAUUGUGUGUUCCUCCUCCA